UUCUUGUCCUUGUGUUUUACAGAAUGCAAUCUUCCUUGAGAAAUCACAUUCUCAGGACCAGAAAGUGAAUGCUGCGUUUCCUCCAUUUACAUUCUAGUGUUGGAAAUACCGAGUAAGAAAUUAGUGUGUAUGAUGCUGGAAACUUGUAGAGACAAACAGCUCAUGACUCAAAGGCCUAAAACAAGUGUGUCAUUCAAGUUCUUAUCAGAAAAAUGACAAUGAAGAUGAUGGGUCAAGACGACCAGUGGAAAACUCCCUAGGAGAGAGCCAUAGAAAUGUGCACUUCAGAAAAGAGAGCCAAUCAGAGAACUCAGAAAAGGAAAUUAUAUCAUGCGCGCCCUCAGAAGGGUCAAAAGAUUUUCAUUCAUGUGCAUGAGAUUACUCAAAUAGAUGAUCAGUUAUACCAGUGCCUUGAACGCGAGCAAAACUUCUAUGAGAACUUAGCUCUUAUUAUGUGUGAGAGAUCCCACACUGGGGAGAAACCUUAUCGAUGUGAUAUGUGUGAGAAAACAUUUAUCCAGCGCUCAGAUCUCAUUUCACACCAGAGGAUCCACAAUUAUGAGAAACCUUAUAAAUGUAGCAAAUGUGAGAAGAGCUUCUGGCACCACUUAGCCCUGUCAGGACACCAGAGAACACAUGCAGGUAAAAAAUUCUAUACGUGUGACAUUUGUGGCAAGAAUUUUGGACAGAGCUCUGAUCUGCUUGUCCACCAGCGAAGCCACACAGGUGAGAAACCAUAUCUGUGCAGCGAGUGUGAUAAAUGCUUCAGUCGAAGUACAAACCUCAUUCGGCACCGAAGAACUCACACCGGUGAGAAACCAUUUAAGUGUCUGGAGUGUGAAAAAGCUUUUAGUGGGAAAUCGGAUCUCAUUAGCCACCAGAGAACGCACACUGGCGAAAGGCCCUACAAAUGUAGUAAGUGUGAGAAAAGUUACCGGCACCGUUCAGCCUUCAUUGUUCAUAAGAGAGUCCACACCGGGGAGAAGCCCUAUAAGUGUGGCGCCUGUGAGAAAUGCUUUGGCCAGAAAUCAGACCUUAUUGUUCACCAGAGAGUCCACACCGGGGAGAAGCCCUAUAAAUGCUUGGAGUGUAUGCGAAGCUUUACUCGGAGUGCCAACCUGAUCCGGCACCAGGCAACUCACACACACACUUUUAAAUGCCUUGAAUAUGAGAAAAGUUUCAGCUGUGGCUCAGACCUUAUUGUGCGUCAGAGGAUUCACAUGGAGGAGAGGCCACACCAGUGGUCUGCGUGUGAGAGCGGCUUUCUCCUCGGCGUGGGCUUUGUUGCCCAACCGAAAACGAGAACUCAAACAGAGGAGCUGCGCUACCAGUACAGUGUGUGUGACCAAGGCUUCCGCCAGGGCUCCGCCCUCCUCCAACAUCCGACAGUCCACCUCGGUGAGAAACCAUCUCUCUGUCAGGCGGGUGAGAAGGGGCUUGAGCUCAGCCCUCCCCACCCAUCAGAAACCUCACAGACCUCUUGGCCAGACAAGAAGUUAUAACACCACAGAGAAAUGCACUUACGAGUCAGAGAACUCAUUAAGACGAAAAACUGUAGGCAAAUCUUAGACCUUUGGAAGAGCUCAGACUUCACGGGGGACCAGAGAAUCUGCAAUUUUAGGAAGUUGGGAAAGGGUUUGCCCAGAGAGCCACCCUAACAGAACACCUAUCAGUCACUCCAACAAGAAACCUUCUAAGGCCUUCAGGUUUGGAAAACCUUUAGUCUGAGCUCAGAGCUGAUCCCCACAAGAGGACUCGUACCGGUGGGGAACCUUGGAGAUGCAGAGUGAGAGAGCUUCUUAGCAAUGCUCACUGCUCUCUUUCUGAGGGAACUCGCACCAAAAGAAAUGCCCUUGGUGUGAGCAGUGCUUCACACACUGUGUACAGCUCACUGGACGUCAGAAAACCCACACUGGGGAGAAACCCUAGCAAGUGUGGAAAAAGCUUCCAACAGAACUAUGACUUUCUUACCCAUCACAGAAGCCAUAUUGGUGAAAAUGUAGGUAUUUGUCUGGAAUGUGGCGAAAGCAUUAGAUGGAGAAUCUUCUUGGGUUUGAACAACACAAAAAGCCGUCUGAGAAGAUCCCUUGUGACGUCUGAGAAAAGCUGUCCAUGACCAGCUCCUUUGGUAUACCAGGGAACUCACACGAAUGAAAACCCCGUAAAUAUCUCGAGUCUGAAAAAAGUCCUGCUAGAAACCUCUACCUUUGGGCCCCAAAGAACCUACUCUGCAGAGAAUUUUGCUCUAGUGAGAGAUCUAGUUGUGGACCUUGUACAUAUAAUAGAUAUGAGAAUAACUGUGCUCACAGUUAGCUGGCCCCUGGGGUGGAGGCGGCUUUAAUGAGUCCGUAUGUAAACAGUUGUUAGGUACCCAGAAGCUUGUCGUGGGAGGAGCUUGGGCUGUUCAGAGCAGGCUGAUGGGAAACUCAGGUGAAGAUGCUUUUAUCUGAACCACUUAGUUGACGAUUGCUUUAAUUUCUCUUUUUUUAAAAGUUGGAAAUCCAGUAAAGGAAAGGACUGUGCCCUUGUGACAGAUGGUGUGGCAUGUGUCACUGUGGGGAAAGGAGAAUACUUUCCCUCUUGAUCUCUCUUUAAAAAAAAAAAAAUUCUUGCCCAGAUUGGUGACUGGUGUUUUGGGAAACUUGCUGGUAGUGAAAAGAACUAAGCAGUGGGAGGAGUUAUCCUGGAUUAGAACCCCCAAAUGUUUCUCCUUUGGAGGGCCAAUCUCAUACAGAAGCAAAACCCCCAGGUUUUACUUGGUGUGAGUUGAGGCACACCCUUGACAUUUCCUUUCUCUGAAAUGUCAGUGUCACUGGUAUUUGAAAUUUCCACUCUAGAGAUUCAUCUCUUUUCAACUCAGAAGUGCAGAUUCCAGGGUGACAGGUAUGAUGUUGCUAGUAAACACUUUUUUUUUUUACUUCACGUUUCAUCUCUUUGAAUGAUAAUAUAUCCUCAUCAGCUCCGUGCAGAAUGGCUGAUGGAAGACUGGAAGAAAGGUUAGGCUUGCGCAGGCAAGUAACACACGAUGACGCAGUUAAUGGAGGAGCCAUGCUUCUGGGGUUAACUAUUCUGACGCCAAAGCAUUGCUCUUUUCACUCCAUUAUCCUGCUGUUUAUAGCAAAUUCAGUCCCAUAAUGAUAUGCCUUUCAUUUGCUUCAUUCUGCCAGAAUGAAGAAAAGAGAAUACUUUUUAUUCCCAGGGAAAGGAUUGCAAUCACAAUAUAAGAUAUUUAUUUGGCUUGGAAACUAGGAUGCUAAAUGCUAGAGAGAAAAAGUAGUUGCCAAAUUCAUCAGAGGUUUGAGAAUAAGCACUUAUUUCCAGUUUAACAGAAUAAUUAUAUUUAAUAUUCUCUAGAUGUACUGUAAUUAAUCCAGGAAUCGAUACAUGGACACUUCUGAGGGUCUUUUCCCCUCAGAUUAAAAGACAUUUAAUAAAAAUCCUUAAGAUUUCUGCAGUGUUUGGGACUAGACUGGUGAAUAAAUAUUUUGUUGCUAGUCUGUCUGGUUGAUCUGGUCGAUCAUAGCGAAUCCUUGAACUCAGGAGCGUUGGCCUCAGACUCAUGGAGGUGGCCAGUGGCUGCUUUGUGUGUGGCUUUAAGCUAUGAUCCUGAUGACUGGCUGCUCAUCUUGAUAAUCCUAGGGUCAGUGGGUGUAGCUCAUAGUGAUAGUAAGAAAUCUGAUUCUAAGGUGUUUUUUCUUUUAGUAAACAGAUCCUGGGAGGUGAUUCAAGCCGAUAUGUUUCUUUUCAUAAAUAGUUCUUAUACCAUGAAAAGUUGUCCAGUGUGGUAAAACACACACCAUGUAUUUGUUUUUCUUUUGAAAAUCAUGCCUAUCACUAGUCUAUGUUUGAUUAUUGUAACACUAAAAUAGUAUGGGUGUGUGGCAUGGUGGUGAUAAAAUUAGUUCUGUGGCUACUUGUUAGUCACUAGAACUUGCAGAAGGGGACGGAGUUGGUAUCAUUGACAGGAUGACUUGACCCUUUUUUCAGCUAAUCUCGUGAUGAUUGUCUCUAGUCUUCAAGUAAAUUAAAGAUGGACCACCUCAAACACAGAACUUUGUGGGUAUGAAACAAGUCCGAGGUCUUUUAACCAUAGGGGAAAUGUAUUGUUACUGUUCCUAUAGCAUAACCUGAGGUUGGGGAGGACCACUUGGGAGCCUGUAACCAAAACUGGGAGGUAACUUCUGGGAUGGAUGGAGGUUCUCUUGAAACAGUGCCAACCUACAUCUACCUCAGGUAAGUAGUUAGAGUAACUUUCAAGAUUUCAGACCAAACAAGACACUUGUAUUCAAUGUAUUCCCAUGCUUUAAUGUUUUUGUUUUCCCUUAAUUCUUAAAUAAACAUGUUUUGAAAAACUGCA